AUGAAGCGGACCUGUCGAACAAUUUCCCAAUGGACAAAUUCUGUGCCCAAGAGACAUGCAUCACGGUCAUUUACAUGCGGUUCAGCCCACAGAAGAAGCGCCCAACAGACCAACUCGAAUUCGAGGUCACCCAUACAUCAUCAACAAGCGAGCGUCGCCAGUUCCACCCUGCUGCGACGUGCACGAACGUUUCACACCUCUUCGACAGCAUGGCACGGUCAUUUGACGCCGCCUAAAGCGGGCGAGGAACGUAAAAUAACAUUCAUCGACAAGGAGGGCCAGUCACAUGAGUUCUUAGUAGGUGACGGUGACAAUCUAUUGGAUAUCGCGCAGGCCCACGACCUGGAAAUGGAGGGCGCAUGUGGAGGCAGCUGUGCGUGCAGUACAUGUCAUGUCAUUGUCGAAGACGGGGACAUGUAUGAUAAAAUUGAAGAGGCUUCGGACGACGAGAAUGACAUGCUCGAUCUAGCUUUUGGUCUCACCGAGACUAGCCGAUUGGGCUGCCAAGUCACUAUGAGCAAAGCACUGGACGGGCUUGUGGUUCGCCUACCGGCCAUGUCAAGAAAUAUGCAGGCUUCUGAUUUUGCUGAGAGGGAAAAGAAAUGA